GGUUGGAAAAGAUGGCAGAUCCAGGUUUUCACUCUCGUGCUGAUAUUCCUGACCAUCUUCGUGAAGCAGUCGAUCGUCACAUCUCAGAUAUGUUUCCUGGUGAAAUGCAUAAUGAUUUACGUUCUAAGCUGAAAGAAAUGUGGAAGACUAUCUUCAUUUCGUCGAUGAUAAGAACGGGACGUGGUCUUGCUGAUCAGAUGCGUGAUAUGGUUUCUCUUUUGUCAAUUGAGUUGAAGAAGCAGCCAUGUGCUUGCAAGAGAAAGGAGCCUGAAACUGGAAAUGUUGUUGGAGGUAGUUCUGUGGCACAGAAGGGUGAUGGCAAUGCAGACACUGAUUCUGAUUAUUGUCUUGAGGAUUGUUGUCUUGAGCGUUCGGGGCCAUGUACAUGCAAGGGAAAGGAGCCUGAAACUGAAAAUGUUGUUGGAGGUAGUUCUGUGGCACAGAAGGGUGAUGGCAAUGCAGACACUGAUUCUGAUUAUUGUCUUGAGGAUUGUUGUCUUGAGCGUUCGGGGCCAUGUACAUGCAAGGGAAAGGAGCCUGAAACUGAAAAUGUUGUUGGAGGUAGUUCUGUGGCUCAGGAGUAUGAUUCCUAUGCAGACGGCGAUUCUGAUGAUUGUCUUGAGCUUAAGGAGCUAUCUGGGGAGGAGGAAGUCCUCAUGACUCGCUUUGCAUAG